AUCAGCAGCGCAUGCGCAUUGUGCGCGCUCCAGCAAAUGCAAACUUUGGCUGAUGAAGACACGAAAACAAGCAACAAGGAUCGAUUACUGAACAUUCGGUCUGAAAUGGCCUCUUGCUCUGAGGUUUGUGGGUCCAGUCACGCGGUCGACUCCGGCUGUCGUGUUUUCGGAGUGCGCUCCUAUUUACACCACUUCUACGAGGAGUGCACAGCCUCAAUGAGGGAGCAGCAGGAGGACUUUCAGGGCCAGAGAUCACCGCUGCGGUGGAGCUCAGGCUUCUGGAAGGUCACACUUGCGGUUGGUGUGGUACUCCUGACAGUGGGGCUGGUGAUCAUGACUGUGGGCUAUGCCAUCCCCACUCGCAUUGAGGCUUUCGGUGAAGGCGAACUGCUGUUCGUGGACCGCCAGGCCAUGCGCCACAAUCACUCGCUACACAUAUGUGUUCUGGUCGGGACGGGGCUUCUCACUCUGGGCGGGGUUCUGAUGGCAGGUGGAAUCCUGACGUCUAACUUCUCCACAACUCCCACAAAAAAGGAAGACUCCAAAGGAGAACGGAAGGGGGGGAGCAGAGUCGUGAGCGCAAUGAGAAGCCCAGCAGACCCUGUAAUGAAGCCUCCCAGUCCGGCCUCUGGUGAAGGAGUAGUAUCUCCUCUUGCUAGGGACGAUAAAGUUCAGAAGUGCUCAUAAAAGAGCUGUUUGACAAUGCCCGUUCAAGAGUGCUGUCAAAACAAUCAGCAAAAGCUCCUUGUUUAUUUCAAUGAGAAAUUUGGG